AUGAAAAAAAUUUUUAUUAUUUUUGUAUCUCUCUUUUGCGCAUUUAUCUAUGGUAAAGGAGUAAGAAAUAUUUCAAGAAAAAGUUCUGUUGCGCAUCCUCAUAACCAACAUAAAGUAAAAAAUGUUUCAGCUUUAGAAAUUUUUUCACGAGAAAAAACAGAAAAGGAUUGUAUAAAGUGUCUACCAGAAAACUUUUGUGAAUGUGAAUGUAACUGCAAAAAUAAAACAGGUUUUUCAAUGAAAUACAGAAAUGCUAGCUUGGGAUCUAAUAGUAAGAGAAAAAGCAUGAAUGUAAAUAAAAAAAUUUCUCGUUCAAGAAAAUGCAACGAUUUACCAAUUGAAGAUAAUUCAGGUUCUGGAGCAGGAACAGAAGGUUCCGGAACCGAAGGUUCGGGAACAGAGGGUUCAGAAACAGAGGGUUCAGGAACAGAAGGUUCAGAAACAGAGGGUUCAGAAACAGAGGGUUCAGGAACAGAAGGUUCAGGAACAGAAGGUUCGGGAACUGAAGGUUCUGGAACAGAAGGUUCAGAAAAUGGUGCAACAGAAUGUUAUUCUUCAUGUCAUACUGAAACAGGGGUACAAACCGAGGAAUGUAAUUGUUCUUGCUCUUGUUAA